AUGUUCGAGAAAAUGUUCCACAAACGGCCGCAGAGCAUCAGUACGAAUGGCGAGGCUCCUAGGGAGUCGGUAUCUACCGUUGAACGUGAGAAAAAUGCUGGUGAUCUGGUCGAUACUCCCAUCCCUCUCUUUACAAUUCGAUCUUUUAUCAUGGGCAUUUUCGUGUCUAUGGGAGGCUUCCUGUUUGGUUACGAUACCGGUCAAAUCUCAGGCUUCCUUGAAAUGCCGAAUUUCCUAAUGCGUUAUGGCGAACCUACGGGAGAUGGAUCCUAUCAUUUCACCAAUGUCCGCUCUGGUCUUAUUGUUGCUCUGCUAUCAAUUGGUACCUUGAUCGGAGCUCUGGUUGCAGCACCGAUCGCUGAUCGAGUGGGACGGAAAUGGUCUAUCAGUGCAUGGUGUAUCAUGCUCAUGGUCGGAGUCACUGUCCAGAUUUCAUCUCCCUCUGGCAAAUGGUAUCAAUUUGCCAUGGGUCGUUGGGUAACCGGUCUAGGAGUCGGCGCACUCUCUCUACUUGUGCCCAUGUAUCAAGCCGAGUCGGGCCCGAGACACAUCAGAGGAUCGUUGAUCAGUACCUACCAGCUGUUCAUCACACUCGGAAUCUUCGUCGCCAAUUGUAUAAAUUUUGGUACAGAGAAGCGCAACGAUACUGGAUCGUGGCGUAUUCCGUUGGGUAUCACCUAUCUUUGGGCUUUAGUUCUCGGUCUCGGAAUGAUGUUCUUCCCCGAGAGCCCUCGCUACGAUUACCGGCACGGCAAAGUAGACCAGGCCAUGAAUAACCUGUCCAAGAUUUACGGUGUUCCUCGAAACCAUCGUGCCCUCCAAUUCGAGUUCGCUGAAAUCAAAGAAAAGUACGACGAAGAAGUUCGCAAUGGUAAAGUCACUUGGGUCCAGCUCUUCAAAGCUCCAACAAUGGGUUACCGUGUCGCGGUAGGCGUUGCCCUUCAGGCCCUUCAGCAGCUCACUGGCGCAAACUACUUCUUCUACUACGGCACGACGGUUUUCGCAGGAGCCGGAAUUCAAAACAGCUACGUAACGCAGAUGAUUCUGGGUGGCGUAAACUUUGGCACCACAUUCCUCGGUCUAUACCUCAUUGAGCACUACGGACGUCGUCGCUCCCUCAUAGCAGGCGCACUAUGGAUGUUCGUCUGCUUCAUGAUCUUCGCCUCGGUGGGCCACUUCUCUCUAGACCGCCAACACCCUGAGCAAACCAAGUCUGCCGGUGUAGCAAUGGUAGUCUUCGCCUGUCUCUUCAUCCUCGGCUUCGCGAGUACAUGGGGUCCGAUGGUCUGGACAAUUGUCGCAGAGUUAUACCCAUCACAAUAUCGGGCUCGUGGAAUGUCUCUCGCCACAGCAUCGAACUGGCUUUGGAAUUUCCUGCUGGCCUUUUUCACGCCGUUUAUUACCAGUGCAAUUGACUUCCGGUAUGGAUAUGUUUUCGCCGGAUGUCUUUUCCUUGCGGCAGGGCUGGUCUACUUCGCUGUUAUUGAGGGCCAGGGCCGUACUCUUGAGGAGAUUGACACUAUGUAUCUCAUGAAGGUUAAGCCGUGGAAUAGCUCUAAGUUUGUUUUCCCGGCCGACCCGGCCAUUAUUCGGGGGUCAUUUGAUAAGGGCGCAGAAGGGGUUGGCGCUACGUCGCAUAUCCCGGAUGCUACUACUGAGUUACAGGAGGAUGGGCAUGCGGUGCCGCAGACGCAGCCGGGUCCAUCGACAGAGGCACGACAGGAAUUGUAG